AUGGACAGUGUUCCGGCGGUGGUGAUUGAGCACGACUCGCAAACGCAGGAGGAAUGCAGCAGAAAACCGUACGCGAGCUGUUGUACCACGGGUAAAAAACAGAGAGCAUUCCGUCGCUACCGUCCGCACGAUGGCUUGGGUGGUUCUCCGGGCACGGGGAUACUAAAGCCCUACAAUGCCUUCACGCCGCUUAGUGAACUAAAGCAAGGCGACACACUAAACCCCGGAUCUGGCCUCAGCUACUGCAAUUCUUUCGAGGCCAAUCAGAGUUUUCCACGCGUCGGCAAAAGGCUUUCGCGGUACACUCAGCGGUUUGCGGCCGCCUUCGGGAGCUUCGGAAAGUGUCCGCUGGUGAUAAGCUUUGAUUCCCCCGCAAAGAUGGAUCGGGUACGGGUGGAUGGUUCGAACGGGGUCAGGUUUACCGCAUUCCGUCCAAAGGGUGGCUGUUAUCCGCACGGGGUGGCGUCACCGUACAACAGCUCGUACAUUGCAUCGACCUCGGAGUCGAUUGGCCGUCUGCCAAAGAGUGAUAUCAACCCGAACAAGGCCGUUUUUACGAUAGAUUCCCGAACGUCCCGAAUACUGAUCGUCAAUCGGAACGCCUGCGAGCUGCUGGGGUACAGUUCCAAGGAGCUGUGCGAGAUGGAGUUUACGAGCCUGCUGUUGAACAAAAGCAAAAUGCACGUGUCCGCCCUGGCCGAGGGGCAGCUGAACAGUGAGGACGGCACGGUGAUCAUACUGAGCGGAAAGGUGGUGGAACUGUGCACAAAGUACGACAAAAAUGUAGCCGUCUCGCUGUGGGUUCGGCAGAUCGACAACGAAGGCCAACGGUGUCUGGCCGUGGCGGAACCGGUCGAGCGACGGGUAGCUCAGGUGGUGGUCGACAAGAACGGCUACAUCAUAUCGGGCGACCACGAAGCCCUGAUGCUGUUCCAGCUCGACACGAUCGACAAGUUCAACGGUAUGGAUAUAGCGCUGCUCAUACCGGCCAUUCUGCUCCCGGAUGCGGACUCCAGUCUUAUAGCGAAGCAUAUCAGAAAGCAGAAGGCGACCGGAAAAACUCAAGACGGCGUAUCUUUCCCGUUGUGCCUGAUGAUAUCACACUACGAAAACGGCACCGACACCACGGACAGUGGGCUGUCGAAUCCGAAUGCGCUGCUCUACACGGUUACGGUUUGGGUGUACACCAACCUGUCCGGGUUGCUGGUGAUUGACGAGAACUCCGUUAUCGAAUCGUGCAACCACCACUUCUCGAUGCUCAUGUUCGGCUACCCGCAGAGUCAAACGAUCGGGGAGCACAUAAGCAAACUGAUACCCAACAUUGGACAGGACAGCGACUGCCUGACGCGAAGCCGCAACGCAACGCUUUCGUCGCUGGACAACGACGAAUCGGAGACGGAAACGGACCACGUGGAGCUGGAAAGUGGCAAGGACAACUUUGUGUCACCGUGCCGUGGGGCAGUGAACGGUGUCCGGAACGGACAGGUCGCCUGUUGCGACCUAGCCAGCCCGUCGAAGGAACCGCGGAAGGUGUGCCUAGACUUUACAACCGUGUCGGGCAACCGGUCGACGGUGGGCAGCCUUUGUGUAUCGUCCAUCACAGAGAAUGCCAGCACGGAGGCGGCCAAAGCACAACUUUCGUCGAACGACAGCGAGCUGCCCGCCGGUGCCGGUGGCAAUGAGUCCAGAGACCUUUCUAGUACCAAAGGGCAACCUUUGCUAACUGAUAGUGCGCCAUUCCCGGAAGACAACAGCGAGAAUAAUCCAAACUAUGUCAACACAUCCAACCUGUUUAGCAAUAAUAGCAUAAAGCUCUGCAAUCCAUCGUUGCUUCCGGCUUUGGGUGAGCCUACGGUGGGUAACAAAAAGUUGCACAGCCCGGCCCUAACGGCAACGUCAGAGGAUUAUACGAAUUUUGCCGACUGCGAUCUCCUAACGCCGGUCAACGAAACGGGUUCCGGCUGUAUGAAUCUUCUCGGCUCGAAGAACGCGUCCAACAGCGAAACGAAAAGUGGCCACUACACAACCGAGGACAUCAGUGCCGCGUUGUUGCUGAAGGACUCGCCAGCGAGUAUGGCACCUCCGCCGACCUUGGUAACACCACGAUUGGUGAAACCGCACGAAAAAGCGUCAAUCAUUACGUCCACACCGGAUCCGCAGCACAAACGUCAUUCGGUUGGCGGCGGUUCUAGCAACGAUCCGAGGCCGAUGGUUACCCAUGGCAGCGCAAAACCGAACACAGCCUACGGCGAUGGAAAGUACAGGGGCGAAGCAAUCCAUCACGAUGGUAACGUGAUCGACAUCAUCUACACGAUCUCCAACCAGACGCUUCCGUGCGGGCGCAAAGUGUACUGCAUUUGGAUCAGCCGCGAUCCGGAAUCGUCGUACAACCACCUGGAGGACGUGAAUGUAACGCUCACUUUCAACAGCAUCACCAGCACAAUCGACAAUUCAGUCGGCGGGCUCGGAGCCAGCAAGACGGCGGCAGUCGGCGCAGGAGGAACAACUGGCGGGGCUGGAGCUCCGGGCGUGGCCAGUAGUCGGCCAAACUCCGUUUCGCUGGUGUCGCAGUGCGAGGAGGAGCAGGUGUUCGGCGAGUACAACAAACACUACACGACCAUCAAGCAGAUCGGCAAGGGUGCGUACGGUUACGUGAAGCUGAGCUACCGCAACUCGGACCGGCUGCUGGUGAUCUCCAAGUUUAUACUGAAAGAGAAGCUCUGCUCGAACUUUAUGAUAACGACCGAGGACAAGCGCGAGAUUCCGAUGGAAAUUUACCUGCUGACGCACGUCAAGCACCCGAACAUCGUGACCGUGUUCGAUGUGUUUGAGAACGAAAAGUUUUUCCAGCUCGUGAUGGAGGUGCACGGUUCGGGGAUGGAUCUGUUCGAGUUCAUCGAUCGCCGGCCGGCCAUGACGGAGAAGCUCGGUUGCUACAUCUUUCGCCAGAUUGCCUACGCCGUCGACUAUCUGCACUCGAUGAACAUCCUGCACCGGGACAUUAAGGACGAGAACAUCAUCAUCGAUCAGCACUUUCACGUGAAGCUGAUCGAUUUCGGGUCGGCCACGUUCAUGCAGGAGGGCAAACUGUUUUCCACCUUUUACGGCACCACGGAGUACUGCAGCCCGGAGGUGCUGGCCGGGAACAAGUAUGCGGGGCCCGAGCUGGAGAUGUGGUCCCUCGGGGUAACGCUGUAUGUGUUGAUGUUUUUCGAAAAUCCCUUCCUGGACAUUGAGGAAACGCUCAAAUCGGAGCUGAUCAUACCGCAAGAGAUCGGCAGUGAGCUGGAGUGUGUGCUGCUGGCGUUGCUGGAUAAGAACCCCAAAACACGGAUCACGAUGGCACAGCUGCUCGCAAGCGACUGGUUGACGCAGGAGAUUGUGCCGAGCGCGUUCAACUUUGCCCAAAUCAUCCCGUGCGAACCGUACGAAGUGAACCCGGAAAAGUACUUCAAUGGGCAGAUCUAUUCGAGCCAAACCGGGCUCUCCACUUCGCCUCACAGUUUGUCGCUGGUCGACGAUGAAGAGGGCGUCAACGACGACGACGACGAUGACGACGAUGAGCAGCAUGCCCACAUCGAGGAUUUUUCUAUCGAUCCGGAGGAACUGCUGGAGGACGAUGUGUGCCCUUUGUCGCUCGACGACGAUCCGAAACCCGAACAAUCAAUCACCGAGUCACGCGAAGCCGCGCCUGACUCGUUCGAGAGUCCGGCUCCGUUGGCGAAAACUGCCCAUCGCAUGUCGUUGCACGAUUAUGCCGAGGAUCCAAUGGUGCCAACGGCAACGGCUAGUGGUGAGGCCGCCUGUCAACUGCCAGGUGCUUCUGUUCCUUCCCACUUAAACUCCUGCCCCGAGCCGCCGUGCGCGACCACAAGUGUAGAGGAAAGUGUCGGGUUAGUCGCCAAACCGCCGACGGUGUUGCAGCUGAGCGAACUACCAAGCCCGGUCGUGGUCUGUGAGCGCCCGAUUUCAAGGGGCAGCAAGUCCGGCAGCGCACACCACGCGCUGCUCUAUGACUCCAGUUGCUCCACAACGCCAUCACUCGUGCUGCCGGCUUCCUCCAUUUUGCUGUGCAAUAUGAUGCCCCCGUAUUCGGUUCUGACCAGUGGCGAUAGUUGCUGUAGCUGCAGCAGCGUCACCACCAUCAGCAGCAGCUGCUGUAGUAUCGAUAUUGAACACCACCAGCAACCGUUUCCCGCGGUGGACGAUGGAAGCACGGCCAGCAGCAGUGCGGCGGACACACCGACGAACUGUUGCUCUCAGGAGUACGGUGCGAAAACGGUUCCGCUAGCCGGCCAGCGCAGGGGCGAAACCUUUGAAGGGGACGUCACGUGCUCCAAUCUGCUGCUGCUGGGCGAUUCGCGGUACUACCCUGCAUCGUCAUCGUCCACCAGUCCGUGCAGUUCGCUGACAUCUUCCAAGUCGGAGAACAACAUUUUCGAUGGCAAAUUCGCCACCUUCAGCACCAUCUACGAUGUGGUUAGCAUGGACAAUGUAACCGAUGCGGCGACCGCCAUCGGUUCAGCCGAUGCACCGGCCAUGCUGCCGUUUCAUGGCUACGCCAUCACCGAUCUUUCUCGUGAGCUGGCCCCUUCAACGGCGGUGCUGUCACGCGGGUUGAACGGGGCAGAAGAAGCGGUCGAUCGGUUGAUCGAGGCGCAUGAUCGUGUGCCGUCGUCAGGGCAAACCAAGUGCAAUAGAACAAUAGAGCGUAACGGAGAGUGUGAGUGUGAGAAAAGUGAUAACGAAAACUACGAUAUCGAUUCUUUUGAAGAGGACAUCGACGAUCGUUAA